AUGCCUGAAGCCGUGAAGAGGGUGACUGGACUGGGUUCUCGCACAAUCUUCCCAAGUAAAAUAGAAACUGCAGGCCAUGGCUCCUUUCUCAUCGUCACUACUGCGCUGUAUGGAACGUCUGUGGAUGAGGGGUUACUGAUACCAUCCGUCUUAAGGAGAGUUUGCAGGAUCCUGGACAAGGCGCCAUCGGCUUUUCGCUUAGAUGUUAUUCAAGCACUAGAGACUAGAGGUACAUUCACUCGUAACUUCAUCACCAGUCUACCAAGAGGAAUCCACAGCAACAACACUAUCAUGGCGCCUGUUCAGACGCAAACUAUGACACCCCACCAAUUCAGCAACCCCGUCGCUGUCAUACGGGUAUCCGGAAGAGUUUCAAACCCAGCAGGACGGGCAACACGGGCAAGCAAGCCUUUGCUGUCUUACAACCCCCAAGUCCCUACCGCACAUCCAGACAUCAACAUGACACUUCUUCGCAACAAACUCCUCCUCACAUGCCGCCGAUACAUUCCUUCAGAGCUUCUUCAUGAAGCACUAGCCGAUGGCAUCUACUCACGCGCCGAACGAUGGAUCACGCCCUCGAGCCAGCAGGCGUCCAAACUCGGCAAGCGGAAACGCUACUACGUGCUUGAAACUUCCGACUUUACCUUCAAAUCGAUGGGCAGUGCAUGGGAAGCUCGGAUCGACAGUCGAGGCAGCCAGCCGAUUGACGCAGGUAAUGGCGUGAUUAUUUUCGUCAAGGAGCGCAGUGAGUGGGAUGCCUUUCUCACGGGGUACAGGAGGCAAGGCAAGAGAGCGGGACAGCUCAUGCGGCUGAAGCAGAAAGACACGGAGCGCGUGUGGCGGGACGCGUGGAAGCGGAAGUGUGGGAUGGAUGAUCUGGACGGGAAGAAGGAGGUCAAUGCUGGACCCAUGUGGGUGCUUGUCAAGAGCGCUGUUGCCAAGAUUGUCCGAGGGGAGGCUUGA